GCGCCAUCGGCCGGGGACUGGGCUCCGCCGGGGUCGGUGAAGGAUCCCAAGAUGGCUGGGCGCAAGCUUGCUCUAAAAGCUAUUGAUUGGGUAGCUUUUGGGGAAAUCAUACCCCGAAACCAAAAGGCUCUUGCCAACUCCCUGAAGUCCUGGAAUGAGACCCUCAGCACCAGGUUGGCUGUCCUGCCUGAGAACCCACCAGCAAUUGACUGGGCUUACUACAAGGCCAAAGUGGCUAAGGCAGGCUUGGUGGAUGAUUUUGAAAAGAAGUAUAAUGCCCUGAAGGUUCCUGUGCCCGAGGAUAAAUACUCUGCCCAGGUGGAUGCUGAAGAAAAGGAAGAUAUGAAGCACUGUGCUGAGUUUGUGUCUCAGUCAAAGAUCAGGAUCCAGGAACUGGAGGCCCAGCUGGAGAAAAUGAAGAACAUAGUUCCCUUUGAUCAGAUGACCAUCGAGGAUUUGAAUGAAGCCUUUUCAGAAACCAAAUUAGACAAGAAGAAAUAUCCCUAUUGGCCUCACCAGCCAAUUGAGAACUUAUAAGUUUUGAGUCCCGUGGGACACUCUGCUCUGAC